GCGCGGCGCCCCUGCCUGCCGGGCGGUCGGGUCCCCAGGGCGGUAGCUGCUGCAACGGCGUGGGCAGCAUGGCUAUGGCUGGUGGGGACAUGCGUGCAGACGCGGGGGCAGAGGGCUCUGCUGCUGCCGGCCGCUUCAGCUUCAGCCCAGAGCCCACGCUCGAGGACAUCCGACGCCUCCAUGCUGAGUUUGCUGCUGAACGAGACUGGGACCAAUUCCACCAGCCUCGGAACCUCCUCCUGGCCUUGGUGGGGGAAGUGGGAGAGCUGGCAGAACUCUUUCAGUGGAAGCCUGAUGACAAGCCUGGUCCCCAAGCAUGGCCCCCCAAGGAACGGGCAGCCCUUCAAGAGGAGCUUAGUGAUGUCCUCAUCUACUUAGUGGCAUUAGCUGCUCGCUGCCAUGUGGAUUUGCCCCAAGCAGUGCUCUCCAAAAUGGACACCAACCGGAGACGCUACCCAGCCCAUCUGUCCCGUGGCUCUGCCCGCAAGUAUACAGAAUUAUCCCAUGGGGCCGUCUCUGAAGACCAGGCUGUGGGGCCUGCAGAGCUUGCCCGUGAGUCAACAGGUAAAGUCUCAACCUAAAAACAUGGCCCCAGGACCUGCAACUCAGCAUGGCAUCUGAAGAGCCAAGGGAGGAUGGCCUGGCCAUGGAACCUUGCUUUAGCCUUUUCCUAAUAGACCAUGGGCCUGAGGACCCCACUGCCUGAGAUGUGAGGCCCAGGAGCCUCCAGAAGAUGGCCUCUUGGUGUUUUCUCUCCCAAUAAAACAGCUUGGGGCAACAA